ACCGUCUUGCCCUUCCUGUUUCAAGUUUCAAGGUUCAAGAAAGAAAUCAAUCAAGAAAGGAAUGCUACUCUGAUAAUCCGCACACUUCCAUGGCUUCUUUUUCUUCUCCCACUACCACUCCCAACAGCAAAACCCUAACCCUAAACUCCUGCCGCUUUUAUCUCGCGGCUCUCAACUCCCUCUCUUCCCAUACCUCUACACCCAAUUUCUCCCGUUCUUUCCAUUCCAUUCCCUCCACUUUCCGUCCUUCCGAACUCAUCCCAAACACCCGCUUCCUCGUAGGCGCUUUUCGCUUCCCUUCCUCCUCCAAUUUCUCCGCCUCUUUCUUCCUCUCUCACUUCCAUUCCGAUCGCUACGCCGGCCUCUCUGCCUCCUGGUCUAAAGGCAUCAUCUUCUGCUCCCACAUAACCUCCCGCCUCCUCAUAGACGUCUUCCAAGUUUCCUCACGCUUCAUCUUCCCCUUGCCUUUACAACAGCCCGUUGUAAUUGAUGGAUGCGAGACCAUUGUCCAGGAGCAGUCCAGUUCCUGUUCAAGGCUCCCCUGAAAAAACGGGGGUUUUGAAAGGUAUGUCCAUACCGGUGAUUUUAGGUUUUCCGAGUCCAUGAAAUUGGAUACUUGUUUGAGCGGCUUUUUUGGGUGUGACGCGAUUUUCUUGGAUACCAUUUUUUGCAAUCCCAAGUUUGUAUUUCCUUUGCAACAAGAGUUGGUUGACUAUGUGGUUAGCGUCAUAGAUAGGGUUGGAGGAUAGUUUAGUGCGAUAAGGAAGAGAGUUCUGUUUCUUGUUGCUACUUAUGUUGUCGGGAAAGAAAAGAUUUUGACCGAGGUUGCAAGGACAUGUAAAAGAAAGAUUCAUGUGGAUGCAAGAAAAAUGGCAGUUUUGCGCGUUUUAGGAUACGGGGAGAGUGAGAUUUUUACAAAAGAUGAGAGGGAGAGUGAUGUUCAUGUUGUUGGGUGGAAUGUGUUGGGCGAGACUUGGCCCUAUUUUAGACCGAAUUUUGUGAGAAUGAAGGAUAUUAUGGUUGAGAAAGGCUAUGAAAAGGUUGUUGGUUUUGUGCCAACUGGGUGGACUUAUGAAGUGAAGCGCAAUAAGUUUGCAGUCAGGUGCAAGGAUUCUUAUGAGAUUCAUCUUGUACCAUAUAGUGAGCAUUCGAAUUAUGAUGAACUAAGAGAGUAUGUGAAAUAUUUGAAACCAAAGAGGGCGAUCCCUACUGUUGGUAUGGAUGCUGAGAAUAUUGACAGCAAGCAUGCGAUUAAAAUGCGAAAACAUUUUGUUGUGCUGGUCGAUGAAAUGACUAAUAAGAAAGACUUCUUAAUGGGUUUCUAUCUCAGAUCAUGUGAACAUGGUGAAAAGGCUGAAAUGAAUGCUAGCAUUGGCCUGAAUGAGCCAGACCAAGAGAAGGGGAACUCAUCUGAAGCACCAACCAUUGAGAAGAAUGAUCCUGGUGAUACUUUGGAUGAUACAAUUUUAUCAGUGGAACCUUCUUUAAGAGUUUCUACUUUACAAGUAAAUGAUGAGGAAACCGAAAAAAUCAUUGGGGAACUUCGUGAUUGUUUGCCCACGUGGCUCACCCAAGAGCAGAUACUUGAUUUAAUUAGGAAGUCGGGAAGAAAUAUUGUUGUUGUCUCAAAUUUUUAUGAACAAGUAACUGAGUUUUAUCAGCAAGUCUUUGCUUGUACAACUUCUGGUUCUGCAUCACAAACCAGUUUGCUAAAUGAUACUGUGCCGCUUUCAAAACAAGCUUUUGUUGAGAAUAGUCCUCAUAAAAGUGUAGGCAUUCAUCUAAGUCAAGUAUGCAAGUCCUCUAACAUUAAAACUUCCGUGAAAAGCAGCAUUUCACCUGGAAAAGAAAGAAUAUUGUUGACAAUAAGCCAAACAAAAAAAUAAAAUCUAAUACUAAACUGGAAUCUUCGGGGUCUAAGCAAUCUAUGAUAACCAGGUUCUUCAGUAAACGAUUGCCUAAUGAAUUUCACUUGGAUGAGGUUGGCUCUAAGACUAAGGAAUGCAUUACAGAUGAGUAUCUGGUCCCAAAUGAUACUACGGUACAAUACAAA